CAAAAACAUUUGAGUGAGGUACGCCAGUCUGAAACUGGCUAAAAUUAAACAUUGGCUUCUGCAAUGAGGAUUGUUCUGUGGCUAGCACUGGCAAUUUUGUUCUCUCAGGAAUGCGGACACAGCAAAGGCAGCAAGCGAGAGAAACGCAGUGUCUUGGAUCUGAUUUUGACCCUCUGGUGUUACCGGCACCGGUUGCAAAUCCCACUACUAGGACUCAAUCUAUAUGGCUGCUACUGUGGAACUGGUGGUUCUGGAAGCCCCGUGGAUGCAGUGGAUCAGUGCUGUUUCAUUCAUGACUGCUGUUACCGCCACGCCAGGGUCUCCUUAAAGUGUCACCGCAGGGUAAAGUGGCAGCGGUACAAACUCUCGUGCAACGGAUCAGAGACGGAAUGCCAGUCCACGAGUAUCUGCGGCAGGAUGGCAUGCGAGUGUGACAAGCAGCUGGCGGAGUGCUUGACAGCAGCCAAACCCCGCAGGAAGCAUUCUUUCUACAACAGGGAGGCUCUCUGCAAAGGACCCAGGGACCCUUGCCCAGCCGUUCACCGCAACUGGACUGAAAUUCUACCCUGGGGAAGUCUUUCCCCUCGACCAGUCUCGAGGUGGGGCUCGUAAGUAACCAUUCAACUCUGGAAGAGAACAGGCUGCAGCUACUGAUUCCCAAGGGCUUCCCUCGCCGGACCCACCUCAGCACCUGCGGUACUAGGCAGCGCAAUAAAGAAAGACUCAAAAGCGAAGUUGCACUGCAAAUGACGGCGCCUGCUGUCUGGAUGGUGCGAAAGUGAGGAAGCGCUUCCCGCGUCCCUACGAGCGGCUUUCUUUUUCCUCAGCCGGGGCGGCGGCGCUGCUGCUACGCCUCGGGGUAGGGAGGCGAGCAGCCGCCGCCCUGCGAAAAGGAAGUCUGAAGCAAAGCAAGGCCCGAAUACGACCCAAGGCGAAGGGCGACUCCGCUACUUCGAGGGGCUGCUGGCUACGCGGGGAGGGGGGGCGCUGCCAUGGAAACGCGUUUGGGAGCGAGGAGGCAACUUCUUCCCCAGUGAGCGAGGGCGGGAGGCGACCUGGGGCUGCUUUGACCUCCUCCCACCCACUCAGUGCCGCCCCCUUCGUCGCCCUC